CACACCGCUCCAAAGCAGGAAAUUGAAAGUAGGAUUCCAAGAAAGCCACAUUUCCUGGAAAAGUUUGGGGAUGAUAAGCCUAGGCCUACAGUGACGUCAUAUCUGGGGUUUGCGGACUCCUUGUACAGAUCUUUUAUUGUCUUGAAAUGUCACCGACAACAGUCUCGAUGACACUGUUCCCGGAUUGAUAAACAUAGCAUUUCCAGUUAGCUCAGUAUCCGGCUGUUGACAUAUAUGUCUGGUUGAGGGUGUGACGUCUCCGCCUGCUACAUCCAGCUAUGAGUUCCACAGCCUAUUCUCAGCCUCUGCCAAACAGUGGUGUGAAGAUUAACUUCUAUGGUGGGAUUCCAUACUUGUUGAUCCCAGAUAAAGAACUCCCAUUGUCCGUGGAGGAAAUAUGUGAGAAGGCUGCCAACUAUGUCGCUUCCCUACUGCCGUCUUCUCCUGACACAGAAGACGGUGCUGUUGGUUACAGAAUGGCUUCAUUAACACUGCCGAUGUUCUCCCUCAUCAACCCCCAUCACACUCAGUGGAUGACAAUGAGGGAGAAACUAAAUAGGCAUGAUUUCCUGUACGAGUACUUCUUCAGAAUACGGUUUCGAUUUUUCACUUCAAAUUUAAGGGAUCUUGAGAAGUUAGACCGACAAACAUGGGAGUACUUGUUCUGGCAGUUCCGAGAUGACUUUGUUAACGAUAGAUUUCACAGCAUGUACAACAAGGACCUUGAACGCCCUAAAGUUUUGGGUUUUGUUGUGAUGGGGUAUUUCAUCCCUAAACUUACUACCAUGGCACAAAACAGUCCAGUUCAUGGCAGCACAUAUCGCCAGCUUCAGUCAUCAAACAAGGUUCAUCCUAGAGUUACAGUUUGUGGUCUCAAGAAACAUUUACCACAGAGAGAGCGUCUCAGUUUCCGCUGGCCCUGGCCAUAUUAUCGUUUAUAUCGGAGUGUGAAGGAGGAAGUUGGGAUAUUUGCAGGUUCCCAUGGCAAUAUAGGCGUGGAGAGAUACAUGCAGACAUAUAUGAAUGGUGUUCUGGAGGAAGUGGCUAAAUACGGAUCAGAGUGUUACCUGGCAAUAGAGCUUCUACAGACAAAUCCAGACAGAACACAGGCUGUAGACAUUGUCGUGGAUCCAUUCUGUUCCCGGCCACCGGGGAUCUACUUUUAUUUAGAAUUUGUGUGCAGAUUUGAAGAUGUUGAGAAUCUGGUACUUGCCACAUCCUCGGAUCCAGCUUUUGGUGUGGAGGUUAGACUGAUACGGAGGAAUGGUGCCCCAAAGAUUCUGAGGUUCAAAGAGAGCAAGAUGGCAGAAUCAUUUGUGUCCUGUGUGGAUGGAUACUGUCGUCUCCUGCACAACUUCUAUGACAGCAUUGCUACACAGGUGCUUGUGGAACCCCCCCUCACUCACCCUGCUCAGGGAACUCAAGGCUUUUGGACCAAUGCUGACAGUAGAUGCUGAGAGUAAGAUGCAGAAGGAGUUAUCUGCCUUUGACGAUGAUCUCAACCAGCGAGAGAUGUGUUUCCUCAUAUACCAGAGUGUUCAUAGUCUCACGGAGUUCUGGGUAAUGAAGCAGGCUCGCAAGGAGGAAUCGGC